AUGGAGCGCUCCAAGCGUGUUUCGCAAACAUCAUCCGACAGUGACACCCCGGGAAACAGUCCAUCCCGCUUGCGAGCCAUAUCUUCAUCCCCAGUCCCGAGUCGUCACCCAGUUCUCAACCCGAAUGUCAACUUGAGUCUACAUAAUUUAGAAGAAAUGAUGAGGUAUGGGGGUACAUCUGCCUCAAGUUGGCUCAGCCCACUGGGGCCAGGAUAUUUGCGCGAGACAGCGUGGGACGCCGGAUUCGAGUUGUUGGUGACCAACACAGGUCGCAGACUACACGCUAUAAUGAUUAGCAUCUCUUCUGGUGUACGGUCACUGUGUCGGGAGCUCAUUUCCGCAAUUUGCCGCUCUUUUAACGCUGCUGACGCACGUUUCGUCGCUCUUUUCACCUCGUCCUGGUCUAUUUGGUUUUUUCAACGCAUCUGUAAGACUAUCAUUCGCUACGGGUUUUACUUCUAUGUUUGCGUUGCGGUUUUCUACGGUUGCAUCGGCACAUAUCGCAUCUUCUUGCAGACAUUUCCUGGGGUUGGAUUAGUUGCACAUGUAGCAAGCAUUCCAUUCGCAACAAUUACCUGUCAUGUUCCUGGCGUUCGACACGUUGAUCCACUGGGAUUUAAACUCUGUCCCCCAAUCUACAAGGCAUACAACAUCCCGAAGCCUAAACGAAACACUACCGAAGUACUUCAUACAUUUACUAGCCUAUCUGAUUCGGCCUUCUGGACUGAAUGUUUUCGAAUCUCCAAUGAAUACGCUGAGCUUGGUAGUUCAUUCACGGAGCUCCGUGUCCCCUACCAGCGGUUACACGGCAGGUGGAAAUACAAUCUCGACCCCGUUCAAAGAGACAGACAGUCACCAGCUAUCAAACCACUCGCAGGUGUUAUUGAAGCCAUCGACAUAGCGGCAAGCCAGCUAUUUCUCAUGGAAAGCCAGUUUGUCAGUGCCAAAUCCAAAGUCACAGUAACACUCGGUUACUUUCGUUCGAAGCUCAUCCUACAAGCUGCCGAGGCGAAGGAAACUUGGUUUCCGUCCAGAUUUUUCCGGUUCAUUUCAGGCCAGGGUCGCGGAAAGGCCGCCCGAAAACUCAUCGAGGACUAUGCGCAUCAAUGCGAAGCAAUGAUCAGCGCAAUCACGAUUUUGAUCAAGCAUAUCGAGAGCCUUAUACUUUCUAUUAAAUUUAUCAAUAACCGCCUCGACGACCUUCGAGAGGCGCUACUGAAAGUUGAGAGCGCACAGGUAGUGCAUCUGGAGGAGCAGUGGUUCUGGACAAGAGCCUGGUGGACAAGGAAUAACUUCGCUAUGCAUUUUUCUCCCGUUCGCAGCUGGUUUGAUUCGAAUUAUCGCAUCCCACUGCAUAGCACAAAACCGGAGAAGGCACUUUCAAACAAGCAGACCUACCUUGACAAGACACUCAGCAUAUCCAAAAUCAUGUCAGCCAAUGAAAAUACUGUCGCUAGGCUCGCCGGACUGGUCGAUUUCUUAACUAAACAGCGUGCGAAAUGGGAUUCGUUCAAGGGGGAACUGAUCGCUCAUCCAGGGCCAGUGCCGAAAAAGUCUCCUGAAACCAAGGAUGGCAACUGGACUUGCCAUAAUAAAAAGGGCGGUAGAGAGGGAGCCUCAUGCCGACCACUUAAGCAGCCAAUGCAUAAGGAUGAGGAUAAGGUCGAUCUCGAACUACACUUCAAGGUUAUUGACAAAAUGUGGGAUCAGUAUACUCGGGAUUUUGACCAGGAUGCAGAUAAGACUGGGGAGCCCAUUGGUGUUAGUAGUGGAGCUUAA